GUCUAGGGUCAGCGGCAUUGCCUGAUUACCACAGACAUAGUUGUCGAGUAGAAGGGUUAAACUGUUUUAAACGUACAUCUAUCCUAUCAUAUGGUUCCUAAGCCGAGCAAUUCUAGUAGUGGUAAUAUGACAACAGUCAGGCAUAGUGACAAGUGUCUCUCAUUCAAACAGCGAAAGUGUUUCGCUGUUAGGAAACAGGAGGUGGCAGAUAUAAAAGAAAAAUUUCCUAACAAAAUACCGGUAAUUGUUGAAAGGUUCUGUAAAGAAGUUAACCUUCCAGCUCUUGACAAAACUAAAUUUCUUGUACCACAGGAACUGACCAUGUCGCAGUUUGUUACAAUCCUUAGGAGUCGUAUGCAACUGAAGUCAAGUCGGGCUUUCUAUGUUAUAGUUAACAACAAAAGUAUGUCGAGCAUGUCAAUGUCACUGGCUGAGGUAUAUCAGGAUAACAAAGAUGAUGAUGGAUUUUUAUACGUCACUUACGCUUCACAAGAGAUGUUUGGGUCAAACGAAGAAAACCACUGAGGAAAGCUUGGAGUAUGGUUCGAAGAAUUAUGCCAACAUAGAGUAUUGGACAGAUGUUUGUUUCUGUAUAUUUAUAUAUAAAAUCUUACUCGAAAGGCGUAUAUGUACAUCUUCUCAACUGACGAUAGCUUGGCAAGGGCCACCAGAGGUUACCCCGUUGCUCUCGUUAGAAGUUCGAGAAGCUACCAUGACCCUGAAAAGCUCCAGCUGUGACGUCAAAGAAAAGAAACCCAUCAAGUCCAAGGUUAAAUAAAAGUUUCAAUACAGA